AGAUUACUUAGAAUUCUCUUCCUACCUUCCAUCACAUUAUCAUUUUGAAAUCAGGAGGUUAUCUACAGACUGAUGAAGAAUGCAGAAAAAAAAGAUAUCAGCAGUUUGUCCUUGAAUUCUCUCCUUUUAAAUUUUUAAUCAUUGAUCAGUUGUUAAAAACACCCCAAACAAGUUAAUUGCAUUGCAUUCUCCAAAACCACAUCAUUACUUUUGCCAAAGGUUUGGCCUUUCCAUUCCAUUAAUUAUCUGCCUUACUGUACGCCCCCAAAGGAAGACUCUGUUCUGGUUGGUAUUUGGUUUACAAAUUAAGUUCUCAACCAAAAUAACAGAUUCCUCUUAAAUUUCCCUGGUGUCUGAUUGGCUGGGAAUUGAGACACCACCUCUCUUGGAAUGCAUAAAUAGAAAGCAAAGUAUUUUACACUCUUCAUUGCAAUCACAACUCUGGUGAUGAAGAUGAAGAUGCUCAUAGUCAUCACAAUCAUUGUUGCUGCCUUGAUUCCAUCUGUUACUGCAGGACCAUGGGGACAGGUAUGUGAAGGGAAUCCUACAAACGAAAUAAGAGGCUGUGAUGACUUUGGCUGUGGAUAUUAUACUGCUCCAAGACAGCAAGGCAGUAGAAUGCACCUAGGGGUGGAUGUUACAUGCCAAGAUGGCUCAGCAGUGUAUGCUCCCUUCACUGGCAUGAUUGACAGACGACACAACCCCGAUGGUCCGAAAUCUAUCAUUAAGAAUGGUCUCCGACUUCGUGGAUCUGGUUUCUGUGUUAAUAUGUUCUUCGUCAAACCUGUUACAUACAGAGGGUGGUUCAAAAAAGGGGAAAAAAUUGCAGAUAUGCUGCCAAUGCAAGAAGUACAUCCUGGAAUAAUAUCUUACGUUCACAUCCAGAACUGUGACUUCGCCAAUAUCACUCACUACUUAUAAAUGGAAAUGUAUAUUGAAUGUAAAUGUACAAGAUCCCAAAUAAAAUCAUCUGAGUGAACAAAA